UGACACAUUCAUCAAACGUCACUCGCACCACGUUUGGCUUUUCACUCAUUGAGAAAGCACUGGUUCUCUAUAGCUAUAAAUAAGUGACCACCGACUUCCCUCUUCUGUAAGAGCAAAUUAUUUCAUCAAAUUAAACCAGAGAAAUCUUGCUGUUACUCUAUGUUCGGUUGUGCUGCAUCAGAUAUGGAUAUUCUUGUUGGUUUCAGAUUUCAUCCAACUGAUAAAGAAAUCAUCCAUCUUCUUGAGGAGAAGAGGCGUGACCCUAGUAUAACAGUCCCUGCUAUUUUCGAGAUUAAUAUCCACGAUUUCGAACCUCCUGAGUUAUCUAGACUUUCUCCAAUUCAGUCCGAUAAAAAAUGGUGCAGCUUUUUCACUGCACCUAAUUAUAUGAACCCUAAUCGCAAACGUGUGUGCAGAGCAACUAAGACAGGUUAUUGGAAACUAACUGGUGAAGGUUAUCCCAUCAAGGACACACACUCCAAAAGGGAAAUUGGUUACAAAAGAGUUUUGGUUUUCUAUGAACGCCCCGGUGGUUGUAAGGAGAUUAAAACUAACUGGGUAAUGCAUCAGUUCUCUGCUACAGACAGUCCUCUUUAUAAGAAGGAUUUUGUUGUGUGUCGUGUAAAAAAGCAAGGAAAUAAGAAGCGUCGUACUUCAACCAAUGUUAAAGGUCGACAACAAAAGAAGCUCCGAGUAUCAACCAUCAGUCAAGUUCAGCCAAGUCACAAUAUGACUUUAGAUAAUGAAAAUUCGUCUCCAGAGUUGCAGUUACCUGUAGUUGGAAAUACUUCUCCAGAGUUACCAUUACCUGUCGUAGAAAAUACUACUACAAAAUUUCAGUUACCUGACGUAGAAAAUACUUAUCUAGAGUUACCUGUUGUAGGUAAUACAUUUCCACAAUUUCAAUCACUUAAUACAGAACUAUCAAGUGAUUGUUCAGUCUACAAUAUUGCACACGAUGCUGCAGAAAAUACUUUUCAAGUGGAUCCUCCACACCUAGCAACAAUUAAUGCACUAUACGGAUAUAAGGGGCUUGUUCACUCCUCUUUCUCAGCAGUUAAUUCACCAGAACAGGAAUCCCCAGGUUCUGGUGUCUCUACUGGUGACUACAAUGUCCAAGAUGUAUACACUAGUGAAGAACACAUAGAUGGUACUCGUCACUUUAAAUCAUCAAAAUCAAUUCCAGGAUUUUGUGGUGGGGUUAGAAAUGAGGCAGAUGCCAAAUUUCCUAAAUGGUUACAAGAUAUGUUUGAGUAUGAUAGUAUCACAUGUGGAAACUACGGUGCAAUUUUGAAUUAUUGACAAUGUAUUGACGCUUCCUUUAUUUUGUAUUCAGAACUAUGUAAUCUUUGUGUCUAUUUGGUUUUGUUCUUUAGAAUUUGUACUCAGAACUAUGUAAUCAUUAUGUGUAAUUUGGGUUUGUUAUUUAGAACAUAUAUGAGAUUUCAGUUAAUUUGUUCA